AUGCCUGGGGUCCCGUCAAACAAGGCGUGUGAGCGGUGCAAGAAAAGACACCUGAAGUGCGAUGAAGCACGUCCUCAGUGUCAGCGAUGCAUCAAUGCUGCCGUGGACUGUCCGGGUUAUGUCCAAACUUGCAAAUUCAUCGAUCAGGGUGCCGCUGUGAGGCGCCGGUAUGCCCCUUAUCAUGGCGAGCAAGUCAACCGUCAUCACAACCCUGCUAACACAUUAGGGAACGCACUUACAUCAAAGCAGACGCUUCCGCGUAAUCCUUUGGGCACCAAUCCCGAUGCAGCCGGGCGGGCAAUGCCAGGACCAAGUCGGGUUCAAUCUGCAACAACAGUGCCUGCACCAGGCUCAACUCUUGGCAUCCAUCAGCUUGUAUCAAACUCUCCAGCAGGGGACUCGUUGCAGUCAAGUUCUCCAGGUGCAAGCAUGCAAGCGCGUUCCAUCAUCCCAACGCCGGACGGGUUCAGUCAAGAUAUCGAUCCGGCCGGCAUUGUAAGACCGGACCCUUUCAUUGGCCCCCCAUGGAAUGAUGUCCGAAGCUCAAGCACCCCCAAACAACCUUUCAAUGAUCUAGCUUAUGGCAGUGCUGCGAUGACUCCUCGACGAAGACAAGAAUCAUCGCACACCGAGCAUACUUCACCCCAGAGCCCAUCCCAAGCAGACGAAAACGAAAGCAUCCAAGACAUGUAUUCCGAUCUGAUAAGUGACUCUGGAUACGAAGAAUCAUUCUUAGUACGAUACUAUGUGGAGGCAUUGGCACCAUGGUUGGAUCUUUCUGAUCCUCGUAAGUUCUUCGCUACUCAUGUGCCGCUACGAGCCAAAGAUGAUGUAGCUCUUCGAUACUCCAUCACCGCUCUGGCUGCAAAGCAUCUCGGCAGAAUGAAGGGGGUAAAAAUCACUGAAAACACCGGAUUAUUUACGACUCCCGCGAUGAUGGAAACGUACUCUGAUGUUUCGGACGCAGAGUGGCUACACAAAGCCACCACGUAUUGCUACUUGGCUGGUCAGCGACUGAAUACAGCGUUAUCAGAGUCCUAUACAGCGGUCUCUAGCUCUGCUGUCCUGAAAUCGCCUUUCGAGACGAUAAACGACUGGCUGCGUCGCCAAUACAAGAAAGCCCCAUCCGACUCGGAAACACAAACCGUGCUUGGAAAGAGACUAGAAAACUCUCUCGCUGUGUCGACUAUUCUCAACCUGUACAAGUCUAUGGAUGAGCCGGCAGAAAAUUGGCAUUCGCAUCUUUCUGGUGUCAAGCCUCUGUUCGAAACAAUUGUUCGCUUGUUUGAUGACAUGACACCAGCACCGACAAGCUUUCCGCCUGGGGUUAUCGCGGCCUUCUGGAAUGUCGUUCGGCAGGACUACUUGACUUCAUAUCUCAACCGCAUGCAGACGCACCUCGAUCCCAACAAUUUCAAGCUCUGGAGAUAUGCCGGCAUACCUCUCGAUGAUGAAGGCAAUAUCGGGUCUAUUCGUAACACCUUCUCUCUCCCAGAGGAUCUCUCCUUUCAUUCUCUCGCAAGGCUGUCAUGCAAAGUCGUGAACUUCAUGGCCGAGUCGAAAAAGUCGUUCUUGCAGCAAUUGAUUCGCUCACCGUCGGUAGAAGGCUCGGGAGCUUCGUCGCCGUACCCUACAACAUCCACAUGGUUAGACCUCUCUUUUGAGUAUCAAGCAUGGGUCGAAAGACUUCCAGAGUCAUUUCGUCCUUGCGUUCGCCUUGAUAAACCGCGGAAUCUGGCAGCCAUGCCUGGGGCAACUCCUGUCCCUUUUCCCGAGGUUUACUACUCUCUGCCAUCCUAUGCUUUUGCGAUGCAAAUGUGUCAUUUUGGCCGGCUCGCGUUGUCGUUAAACCGUCCAGCAGACGCGCUCACUGCUCCGAGCACCGCAUUCGACCGCGUGCAGGGGUAUCGUGAGCUGACCAAGGAGGUCGAUUACCGAUGCAAGGAGAUAAUCGGGAUUGCACUGGCCCGACCGCAGACCUGUGCUCGGGUGUACAUGGCACCGUUGCUGUUUGCUGUCGGCCAAUUCCAGGAAGCCCUGGAGGAACAGCAGAUUGUGGUGGAUUUGCUUCGCGGCAUUGAGGCAGAUCUAGGAUGGGAGACGGACUCGAAGAUCAAGGCGCUGCAGACAUUGUGGAAUCACCAAUAA